AUGUCGCGAAAAACAGAGGCAUUUUCAAAUUCGGACCUCUAUGUGUACAAUCUUCAGCCGAAUGUGGUUGAGUCUCUCAAAGUGCUCUACUUCUCCAGUGGCGAAUUUGCUCCCCAGCUGACUGCUGAGUCAUUGGAGACCCAUGUUCAGAUGGAUCAGUCCAAGACUGAGACUGGACGUAAACAGUGUGCGUCAUGUCUGUUUGAACUUGAGAGUCUUUCUGAUGGAGAAAUCAGACAACACUACAAGUCUGAUCUGCACAGGUUUAACAUAAAACGUCGCAAUCUACAGAGACCACCUCUCUCCGAAGUGGAGUUUGACAAGAUUGCUGACACUUUGGACGAGAGCAUAUCUGGUUCUGACUCAGAUGAUGAUCUGGAUGUUAAGGAAGUUGCGAAAAGUGUUCAAAAGUUACAGGUGGUUGACGAAGAUGAGGAGAGCUAUAGUUUCAUGAACACGCGGUCGCCGUUCAUCAUUUUCGCUUCACCACUGCUUCCAGAGGACAAAUGUUUCGGGGUCUACAAGUCUCUUUUUAGUGAGUCUGAGCUCCAGGGAAUUCCUGAACAAGCGCUCAAAAGUUGGAAUCAGAAGCAGAACAAAUUGGGCGAAAUUUCUGCAGUGUUCAUGAUCGGUGGAGGCCAUUUUGCAGCAGCUAUAAUUUCACACAAGCCCAAAAGCACGAAGGGCAACUCCGGUCCUGCAGACUUACUUUUGGAACAGUCUGUUGACCUGAUAGAGCACAAGACAUUUCAUAGAUAUACAACCAGAAGAAAGCAGGGUGGUUCACAGAGUGCCAUGGAUAGUGCAAAGGGAAAGGCACAUUCUGCUGGGUCCACAUUGAGAAGAUACAAUGAAGAAGCAUUACAAAAAGAUGUCAGAGAUUUGAUGGUCAGUUGGAAGGCAUACUUGGAUAAGUGUACAUCCAUCUUCAUAAGAGCCAACGGACCUACUGCAAGAGGUAUCAUUGUUGGGUACGAUGGAUCGCCUAUCAAAAACAAAGAUCCCAGAUUGAGAUCGUUCCCUUUCACAACAAAACGUGCAACCACCUCCGAACUCAAGCGUGCGUGGGUCAACCUGACUUACAUGGUCGUUCUCGAUGUUCCUAAAUCUGAUGAGAAACGGAAACAGAGGUUGUUGAAAGAACGUGAGAGCCUCUUGAAGUCGACCCAGACCGGUCGUCAAUCUCCGGUUAAAGUGGAACUCUCUGUUGACGAAAAGCACACUGCUGAGAUUGCAGGAUUCAUCAAGAAGUCCAAGUCUCCUGCCUUGAUCUCUUACAUGAAGAAGAAUGCCAUUUCCCCAGAGUUUCAGUUAAAACCUGAAUCUCUCUAUCAUAACACCCCGACUAUGCUGCAAUUUGCUGCGGCGAACGGAUCUGCGCAUAUCGUGCGUACUCUGCUUACCAACUUGAAGGCAGACGCCACAGCUAAAAACCAAUCUGGAAGGACAGCUUAUGACCUAUGUCUCAAUAAGGCCACAAAACAGGUAUUUCAGAUUGCUCGCAAUGAUCUGGGAGAGUCAUUUUGCGACUGGGCGGAGGCACAUGUUGAUCAGCCGCUGUCGAAGGAGGAAGUCGACAAGGCUAACAGAGAAGCCAAGGAAGAAGAGGAGAGACAAAAGCAAGACCUAAUCAAAGAGGAAUUGGCCAAGAAGGCCUUAGAGGAUGAAGAGAACAGAAAGGCCAAGUUUGGGCCUCCUAAGGUGCUCGUGGGUGCUUCGCUCUCGCAGAUAAACCUCCAGUCGCUCACACCAGAACAACGAAUGAAGGUGAUGAGGGAGCAAAGAGCAAGGGCGGCAGAGGCCAGAAUGAAGAAGAACUGA